CUUUCCAGGGGAACUGACCAACCUGUGCCUGGGGAAGGGAUGGGACUGGUUGCUAUGGGCAUGGGAGCCUCACCUUUGGGCCUGAUCUUCUGGAAAUUGGAGCCUACACUAGAAGCCUGCCCAGUAGACUCACAGGCGGCAGUGAUGUUUCUGCAAGAACUGUCUUCUUUGUUCUCAGCCAUGGCUUAGAAAGAGAGAUAUCGGGGUUCCCAUGGCCAGGACCGAGGUGGAGGUGACCGCGCAUGGACUUUCAGAGGAGGCUGGGCCUUUUGCUCACAGCCCUCAGCACGGGGCUACUGCUGCUUUUCAGCUGGGUGACGCUUGCUCAGCCCAUCUCUCUUUCAGCACUGGCCCACCACCCCCACUUGUGCCAGACUAGCUGGGAUGCUGAUGGCCGCCACUACCCCGGUUUUUUCUGUCCUCGGCUGUCGGAUACCCCGGAGGAAGCUUACUGCUGUCACCUGCAGGCUGCAGGGGGCUCCUGCUGCACCCGGGCUGAAUUCGAGGCCUUGUACCAGGUCAACCUGUCCGCCCUUCCGCCCCCACCCCUCCUCAGGGGCCGGGGUCCGCUCCUAGCGCUGGGCCUCUAUACCCUGCUGCUCGUGGCCCUGAUGACCGCCGACCUCGUGCACUUCUGCCGCAGUCGGGGAGGGGGUCGGCGCCCAGGCAGCCUCGGGCCUCCCUCUGGGUCCUCUGCCGCGCGCCCCCUGCGGAUCUCGGCUGGAACACACUAAGCGCGCCCACGGCUAC